AUAACUACAUUACAUUUGCAAAAUACCAAUUUACGAGCUUACAACAGCAAUAACAGUUUCGCGAAUUUCGGUCAGACAUUACCAAAAUUAUCUACAACAACAACGAAGUUAGAAUGGACAGCUUCUCAAGCAUCUUUAGCUGAGCGUUUAACAAAAUUUCGACACAAACAACAGCAGCAAGGUCGACAAGAGCUGAAGUCGGCCGAAAACGAAUUAUUGACACGAGAAGGGUAUUAUCAGCUACAUAACAGUUCCAACGACUGCAACAACAACAGAAACAAUAAUCAUCCGUACAACAGCAGUGACUCCAGUAGUGGCAAUAGGCUUCUGACAUUCAAAAGCGUAGAGCAAGCACCCGCUGCUGAUGUACACAAUACAUCAGCCCAGCAUAGUCCAUCACUGUUCAAAGCUAAACUUGCUAAUAGUAAGAGCAAUUACAACACAGAACAACAUCAUUAUUACUCAAGUCAACAAAGUGCGAACGUUGCAACCCUCGAUGCAACUGAGCCAUCAUCAGCUCCGUUAGAUUGCUACUCCAAAUCGGUGAGGCAACGACGUAUAUUAGUGCGCAGGCGCAACAAUACAAGGGAACCAGUAAAUUCCGUAGUAACCGAGACAACAAAGCCGUCACGUGUAACAUCAACCAUCGUUGUGACUGAGAGACAAGAGGCAGCCCAUCAGUUUUGGUUCCUUUCACUUUUGUACUGUAUCGGCCUAACAAGAUUUGCUGAUUAUGCUGCCUUGCAGUUAGGCGCAUGCAACACUAAGAACUUAAGCAACGAACAGUUGCAUACACGUAGGUGUUCGACGCCACCUACUACAACUUCCGUCGGGAACAUUCCAAAAGGACGCUCAAUCGACAUAAUGGGUUUCAUACGCAGCAUGAAGCUUAAAGAUCGCCUCGCUAUUAGUUUGGGUGCGACUCUAAUACUGCUGACAUUGUUGUUAGUGGUUGAUGUGCAGAUGGAUUUCGGUGUGACGAAUCGACAUUUAUUACAACAGCAUUCACGUGUCCGUUAUGUAAAUGAAAAUGAUGGUGGGGGCGGUACGGGAGCAUUCAGAGAUUUCAAAAGGAAAUUCCUGCAAAAGAGCAAUUCAUCCGGUUCAAAGGAGACAGCCACACCGACAACCACACAAGCUCGAUCAGGUGGCAGUGCGGCAGGUGGUAGUUCUGCAGGUGGUACGGCAGCUGCAGCGGCGGCGGCUGGUGCUGGCGGAAUUCAGCAAGAUGCAGCAGCCAGGGAGGAUAUGCUGGCAAUUAAAAAGCUGCAGAAGGAGCCACAUGAUCCAUUCGAUGAUUUAGUGCGCCUAUUGACUGGUCUGGACAAGGCGGACUACUCACAUGUGUUGGUUGAUGAUGACGGCUCAGAGAUAACGGAUAAUCCAACAUUCUCGGAUGUGACUGGCCUGAAACCAAGUAAAAAUGCAACAAAUUUGGAACGCUUCCAGUGGCACAUCUCCAAGCGUGAGUUGUACAAAGAGAAUGACACUAUUGUGGAUGCGGUGAUACGUGACAUGAUGAAGCUGCCGGUGCAGCAUGUCGUGCAAAAGGAGGGCGGCACACAAUUGAAAUUAAUCAUCGAAUUUCCGAACGAUAUUAAGGCGCUAAUGAAGCCAAUGAGAUUCCCGCGCGACCAGCAAACGUUGCCAAAUCAUUUCUAUUUUACGGAUUAUGAGCGACAUAAUGCCGAAAUUGCGGCUUUUCAUUUGGAUCGCCUUUUGGGUUUUCGUCGCGCAAUGCCCGUCACCGGUCGUCUGCUGAACAUUACAACAGAAAUUUAUCAAGUUGCUGACGACAAUUUAUUAAGGACCUUCUUCGUUUCACCAUCGUCGAAUUUAUGCUUCCACGGCAAGUGCUCCUAUUACUGUGACACAGGCCACGCCGUCUGCGGUAAUCCGGAUAUGCUGGAAGGCUCAUUCGCCGCCUUCCUACCAAGUUACGAGCAGACAGGACGUAAGGUUUGGCGACAUCCUUGGCGUCGGUCGUAUCACAAACGCAGGAAGGCUCAAUGGGAAACAGAUUCCAAUUACUGCUCGAUUGUUCGUGAAAUACCUCCUUAUGACGAAGGCAGACGCCUGUUGGACUUAAUGGAUAUGUCAGUAUUUGACUUUCUUACUGGAAAUAUGGACCGACAUCAUUAUGAGACUUUCAAAGCUUUCGGCAAUAACACAUUUACGCUGCAUGUAGAUCAUGGGCGUGGUUUUGGAAAAGCCUUCCAUGACGAAUUAACAAUUUUGGCUCCCCUACUGCAGUGCUGCAUGAUACGCACAUCGACGCUGAAAAGGAUAUUGGAGUAA